AGCAGCAGCAGUGGCGUCUCCAGUGCUGGGCUCUCUGCCGCCGCAGCAGUCGCAGCGCCGCGUGAAUUCCUGUGCACGGAGCUCGGCUCAUCCUCCGCCGGGCUCCCGGGGGCUGGGGACGCGCCUGCCCAGCAGGGUUGCUAUUGUAUGCUGAGACACUUGAUUCUUCUCAGUCCAGUGAGCCCCAAGAUGGAUGAAACGUACUGUAUGUCACCCAAUGAUUGCUAUUUCAGCCUCAGGAGUGUAUUUUCAAAGCAGCACAAGGAUGGUGUUAUUUUCGACAGCUAGGGAAGAACAAGGGCACGACUGGUAUGAUGGAUGAAGCUGUAGAGGUAUCAGCUGAUGGGAACUCCCUUAUAAAAGCUGUCUAUCAAAGCAGACUUCGCCUCACAAGACUGUUGUUAGAAGGUGGAGCAUACAUUAAUGAGAGUAAUGACCGAGGUGAAACCCCUUUAAUGAUUGCUUGUAAGACACAGCAUGUGGACCAGCAGAGUGUUAGCAAAGCAAAAAUGGUUAAAUAUCUGCUGGAAAAUAAGGCAGAUCCAAAUAUACAGGACAAAUCUGGAAAGACAGCUUUGAUGCAUGCAUGCUUGGAAAAGGCUGGCCCUGAUGUGGUUUCUUUGUUGCUGAAAAAUGGGGCUGACCUAAGUCUGCAAGACCAUUCUGGUUACUCUGCACUUGUUUAUGCAGUAAACUCUAAAGACCGAGAGACCCUGAAAGUUCUCCUAAAUGCUUGUAAAGCAAAAGGAAAAGAAGUAAUCAUCAUUACAACAGACAAGUCUUCAUCUGGAAGACAGACAACUAAACAGUACUUAAAUGUGCCUCCGAAUGACAUUGAGGAAUGCCAUUCUCCAACUGCUUGCACUUCCCCAUCAGAAAUAGAACUCAAAACAUCUCCACUUUCAAAUUCAUGUGAUACAGAAAAACCUCUUUUUAGCUUUAAAGAACCAGAUCAGCCUGGAAGCAUGGAAAAUAUAUCUGAGCCAGUCUCUCCUACUAGAAAACCAAAUUUAACACAUGUAGGACCUAACCUGGCACAAGUGCAGCGUCUGCAUUCUGAGUCUUGGGUAAAAAGCUCUCUGUUCCAUCAGAAUAAAAUUUCCUCUUUACAAGAAGAACUUCAGGAUAUAACUCCAGAGGAAGAACUGUCUCUGAAAGUCAAUGGUCUAGCCUUAUCCAAGAGAUAUAUUACCAGACACCAAAGCAUUGAUGUAAAAGACACUGCUCAUUUGUUGAAAAUCUUUGAAACUGGCUCAAGAAAGUUGUCAUAUGAGGAGAUAAAUUCUCAGCCACUUUAUGCUGAGGGAAACCAUAGCCAGAGUGAAAUUCCUGUGGAUCAGGAUUCAGAUUCCGUGCAAAUGAGAUUUGUUUCAACUCUGAGAAGUAUUAUUCAAAAAAAAAGUUUAGGGGCAAAUCACUACAGCUCUGAUUCUCAGCUAACUACUAGUCUGAAUCCUGCUACCACUGAAGAUAGCAAAUCACUUCUGGGAAAGAGAAAGAUUCUCUCUCCUUCUCCCUCUUUGUUAUCAAAUUCCAGAGAAUUGCUAGAGAACAUGCCUCCUGGUCCACUGAACAGGAGAAACCAUGCCGUUUUAGAGAGACGAGGGUCAGGAGCCCUCUCUUUAGAUCACAUUGCCCAAACUAGGCCAGGUUUUCUUCCACCUUUAAACGUGAAUCCUCAUCCUCCAAUUCCAGAUAUUAGUUUUAGCAACAAGAUUUCUGGAAUUGUUUCUUUUGGACAAAAAACCCUAAUUCCAACAGCACCUGCUUUUCCCAAGGAGUUCAAAGGUAACAAAAUGUUGGUAAGGAGGCAGUCAUUACAAACUGAACAGAUUAAACAACUUGUGAAUUUUUAACAUGGUUCUAAAGUGUUAACGUGUACAUACUUGUAGCUUUAUUCAUUUGGAAUAAAUAUACCCCAAAGCAGAGAGCCCACACAAGGUCCUCUGUACCACAAAGGCCCUUAACAUGGGAUUCUUGGAUGGACUCUGAGAUGAGUUUCAUCUUAGAUUUAGCAGAUAAAUGUGUUCAGCUAAAUUUACUCUGCUGCUAUAAUCUGCAAAGUGACAAAUAUACUUUCACCAUAUUCUUCAUAAUAGAAAACUAAAACACUAUGGGCCUGAUUCUUUGUGGCCCCAUACUUUUUGAGUCAUUGACACAAAACACUUAUUCUGAUUUGGUAGCAUUUUACACCCAGUAUGUACUCAGUUUGCACAGACAUAAGUGACUACAUAAAGUGCAGGGCAUUGGAGAAUUAGGCUAUAUGAUAGUUCCAUCAACGUAGGUAGAGGAGAAUAGCAAUUAUCAGAGCAGAUUAGUAGGAGUUACAAGCCCCUAAGGAACAGAGAACAGGCUUAAUGUGGGAAAAGUAUACAAAAUAGCUACAAUUCUAAAGUAAAACAGACCACAAAACUGAUACAAAAUAAUGUAUAAUUCAUAUUUUUAUUAAGCAACAGCUUCAAUUUAAAAACAAUCAAUAACAUUUCCUAAUUUUUGAUUGUUUUUAAAUACUGCAUAUUAAAUAAUGAAGUAACUUAUUAAACAAAUGGAUAAAUGUUUCAUCAUGAGCUGGACUAAAAUGUCAUACUUUAAGAUUUCCAACAUGUAUAUUUCUUUCCCACUUAAAGCUCAGACUCUGCUUUUGUCCUUUAAUACAAAUCUUAUGGAUACUCUAGGUUUUGACUCUUAUUUGGCACUUUUAUCACCUCAGUUCUAACAGUCUAUCCAUUUUAAAUUUGUUUUAUUUUCACAUACUUUAUACAAAUUAAUAUUUUAUUCUUAUUAACAUGGUGGUUGUGAAUUAUAUUUAAACUAGACACUUGCUUCUAGAAAUACUCAGUAGAUAUUUGUGGUGUUGCAGCUUUAGUCCUAAUCCAAAUAGUAUUACAAAAUGUUUCCUAACAAAAAAAUGUUAAUUAUUGUGCCAUCAGUAUGUUUUAUUAUCUAUUUGAAAUUUACAAUCCCUAUCAUCCCCUUUGAUGCAAAAACACUUCCUAAGUUGGAGAAGGCAAUACUAGCCCCAUGGAAAGGAUAAGAGCAUGGUUUGCAUUCAUGCAGAACCUAACAAUCUGUAGCAAAUGCUAGCCCCAACACCCCCACCUGCCCCGAUUUUAGAGCAUGGCAUUAGCUCUUCUACACCCUGAGCUGGGCCCCCUAAUCCAUGGUAGCAUGAUUGGCUGGGUGGCCAGGUGAUAUUGUCAUGGGUUCCUAGUCCCUGGCUCUGUCCUAGCCUUCCUAGGAGCAGCUAGGAUGAGAACUAAAGCCAUUGAUGUAAAUUUAGUGCAUUAACUUCAAAAGAAUUUUCCAUAGGAAAAUGUGGUUUUAAAGGUGACCGUCUCACCUAAAGUGAUUUUUCCCUGACUAUUCCAAUUAAAAUUCCAUGGAACCUCAGAUGUAUAGGUGACUGCUGGUAGUUGAGAGGAGUAUACACUGUAGAGAACUGCUCCCUCCUUUCUACCAUAUCUAACUCCAUUCAAGCAUGAUUACCACAUUUUUCCUUGCCUCUGCACCAUGCAGACAUCUGCGCUGCUUUGUGCUUACUUGUUUUUUGUGAACAGCUUUUUUUAUCCAGACCAUUCUUCCAAUGAAAAGCUCUUGUCACUUGCCGUUUGGUAAGAAAACUAUCUUCUAUAUACACAAAAAGCAACUAUAAAAGGACGUUAAGAUUGCCAAGUCAAGCACUCAAAAGUUAGGAAAUUCCAGAAAUUAAAGUUGUCCAGGGGUUUCAUAGCACUGGCUGACAGCAGAGGAAUUUUCAGACUCAGGAAUCGUAGGACU